UACGGGGUUGGCGAUAGGCGGGACGCGACCCGCUCGGUCCGAGCCGCCCCGCGCAGGCGCCGCGCGGGCAGGGCGGGCCCCGCCGGGAGCGCGGAGCCGGGGAUGGCUCCGCCGGCCGCCGCCUCGCCCGCCGCCUGGCAGGGCAACCGCUCCGCUCUCGAUAAUAGAGAUUUACUCCAGGUUUUGUCAAGCUAUGCCUUACAGACAACUACUUUGGCAACCCAUACUGAUGACAAUGAUGGCAAGACUGAACACCUAGAGUAUAUUGCUUUUGCAUUGGUUCCUGUUUUCUUCAUCAUGGGUCUCUUGGGGAUCCUCAUCUGUCAUAUCCUUAAAAAAAAGGGGUAUCGUUGUACAACAGAGGCUGAAACAGAAGAAGAAGAAAAAAUUGAUGAAAAAAUAGAAAUGAAUGAAACUUUACAUGAGAAUAGCGACACUGUGGGACAAAUUGUUAACUACAUUAUGAAAAAUGAAGCAAAUGCUGAUGUGUUAAAUGCCAUGGUAGCAGAUAGCAGUGUCUUUGAACCUGAAAGCCCUUUGUCUCCUACCUCUCCUGGGAGUCCAACGAGUCCAGGGUCUCCUUUGUCACCUGGUGUUAUUCCAUUUAAACACAGCUGUAAAGGCCAACACUUCCAUACUGUUGGAGGAGUAGUAGAAAAGGAUGUUUGUACUCGUUGUAGCCACAAACGAUGGCACCUUAUAAAGCCAGCUCACAAAUCUAAAGAGCAUAGAAGAAGUCGUCUUGGAGAAGUUACAGUACUUUCUGUGGGAAGGUUUAGAGUCACAAAAGUGGAGCACAAAUCAAAUUCCAAAGAACGGAAGAGUUUGAUGUCUGUCACAGGCAGAGAGAGUGUCUAUGGUGAUAUGCCUGCCACACCGGUGAAGGAGGAAGCAAGUGAAGCUCCUGCCACGCCUGCAAAACAGGAAAUGCGUGAGAGAAGCUCAGAGUAAACUGCAGGCGGAACUUCUAGAAGAAGCUUGUCUCCUAGCACUUUGGAGAAAACUGAAAACUCCCAAGAGAUGCAUACUAUUUAAGGAAAUGUAUUUAUGGCACUGUAGCAUUUUACAAGUUCUGUGAUGGCAUCUAUGCAAGGUUAAACACUUAGUGUUUUUUCACCAGUAAAGUUAGUAAGAUUUAGACAUGUAAAUAUCGUUGAGCUGUGUGGACCUCAUACCAAAUGUUGGAUUUUGUCUUGGAAAGAAAAAAAUACAUACGUAUUUUUGGACAGGAAAGGUAAAAGCCUUAUCAAAUAAUCCUGAUUUUUUUAAUUUUUUUUUGUACUUAGACAAGCAUUUGUCAUGACCUCAUUAUUAUGAGUAAUAUGAUUACCCUAUGGAUAAACUGUGUUUGCUCCUCUGGUCCAUCGGGAUUUUUCUCCAAUGCUCUUCCCCUCCAGAACAGCCAGGUGUUUGCUGAAGAUAAAAGCCAGCCUUUGGAAGAUAAAAUUACUCUUUUAAUCUAACUGCUAGUAGCAUAGCAAAACAUGGAAGGAAAUAAUUGUCAGCCAAAGCCUGCCUCUGUGCCUUUAGUACAUAAGCCCUCAGACUCUGUGAAGGGCACUUCACAAUACAGAGUGGUUCAGUUCUAUGCAGAUAUUAAAUUGUCUUUCCCCAAUGAUCUUCUCCUUAGUACUUAAUAUGGGCUGAAGAGUAUCUCUAUGCAGUUGGGUGAGCUCUUGGGAAGGUUACUUUCCUCAGGGCCACUUGUUUUCCCUUUUUCUUGUAAGUACUCACUCAUAUUUGAAGAAUACCUAAUAGUUUGCCUUUCUUUUUUGUUCUUACCUGCAGGUUCCUAAUUAAGGUAAAGCAACAUAUUU